CUGGCUUCAGGUGAGGUUGGCCACGCCCGACGGACGCCGGUCAGAACUACCUAUGCAGGGCAGAGAACGACGCUGGCUUCGCGCGUCCAAAGGCCAUGCAACUCGUCCCGUGCCAAGUUCCGCCCAGCAUAGUCACCGCGGAGAAACAUUACACAGUCAUAGCUGGACGACCCAUCUCACUGCCAUGCCAGGUAACUGGCUAUCCGCCCCCAAAGAUUGCUUGGAGGAAGGACAGCCGAUCGUUCGACGAAAGCGACAACGAGGGAAGAGUUAGGAUGAUCCCAUCUGGCGCCCUCUAUAUUGAGGCAGCAGAGGCUGCAGACGAUGGUAGAUUCAUCUGCGAAGCCAUCAACAACGCCGGGCGGCAGUACAAAGAUAUCCGCCUCACAGUUCUUGUGCCGCCAACGUUCGUACGAAAGCCAGAGAAUAAGGUCGUGACGGAGAAGGACUCUGCAAUAAUGCGAUGUGCCGCCAGGGGAACACCUAUCCCGACUCUCAAAUGGAUUCACAACAACACAGAGGUUGAAGCGGCGUACAGUUCUGGGGGACAGAGUGAGCUGCAGUUCAGAAAGGUGCUGAAGGAGCAUGCCGGUGUGUACACGUGUAUAGCGAGCAGCACGGCAGGUGAUGUCACCACUACUGCCUACCUGACUGUGAAGAUUCCGCCACGAGUGCUCGUCUCUGGCACAGAGUCAGUUCGCUUCUCUGACCGCGCCGUACUGAACUGCACGGCCCGCGGCGACCCGCCCCCGACCGUGUUCUGGGUGAAGGAUGGCCGGCCAGUGCCGCUGAACAACCGCGUUCAGCAGAUGCGAGAUGGCUCCCUGGUCAUCUACGACAUAGAGGGCACGGACUCUGGAGAGUAUAAAUGCGUGGCCACGAACGACGCCGGCAUGGGCGAGGGAACUUCCAUGCUUACAGUCAAAAUGGGACCAAAGAUGAGUGUGGCGCCGGCCGACGUGACCGUACUGAGGGGUGAGGCCGCUGCCCUUCACUGUGAAGCCGACGGAGUGCCGACGCCCACAAUCUCAUGGAGGCGUGGCAAGAACGAGAUCACGCCAGGUGGCCGGCUGCACAUCCUCAGUAACGGCACACUUAUAGUGUACAACGCAGAGCCGGAAGACAGCGAUAUCUACCUGUGUAUGGCUAGAAACAACAUUGGCUCCGUCAUAGGCGAGGCCACGCUCACAGUCAAAGUAAACGGUGGCUGGAGCCAGUGGAGUCUGUGGAGCUAUUGUAGCGCCACCUGUGGAGCCGGUACGAAGUCACGCAGCAGGGAGUGUACCAAGCCGGUGCCUGCCAACGGAGGCAUGCCGUGCUCGGGAGAAGUGCAGCGGACUGACCAGCAGGGCAGCAUGCGGUCACAUAGACUGCGCCGUGGAUGGACAAUGGUCAAACUGGCAGGAAUGGUCCGGCUGCACUCGCACGUGUGGCCGAGGGUAUGAAGUCGUCAGCGCAUGUGUGAUGACCCUUCGCCACAGAACGGUGGCGGCUACUGCGGCGGAAUCAGCAACGAGAGGGAGCCGUGCCACAACAACCCCUGCCAAGUUGACGGUGAUUGGGGCUCAUGGUUGCCAUGGGGACCAUGCAGCGCCACCUGUGGAGGAGGGUUGGAGUCUCGCUUCCGCUACUGUGAUCAUCCGAGACCAGAGUACGGUGGCGCCCCCUGUCGAGGGGAUGACUCCGCCACCAGGAGCUGCUUGGCAGGAGAUUGCGCAGUGAACGGGGAGUGGACGGCCUGGGAGCGCUGGGGCGAUUGCACCGUCAGCUGUAAUGGAGGAAUUCGCAGACGAUUUCGUAGCUGCAGCGAUCCGCCGCCAGCCCACGGCGGUCACGCAUGCGCAGGAGACGCACAGGACCUGGAGAUGUGUAACAAGGCUGCGUGCCCCGGUGGGCCAUAG